CUGACGGUUUGCAGAGGGCGACUUUUGAAACUCGUCGAAAAAUAGAUGGCAAAAAAAGUUUAUUUUGAUGUUGGACUGCGAGCCAGUGAAAAUCCGCAAAUUCCCAGUGAAAAGCUGCAGGAUGGAGAGUGGAAAUGCGAGAAUCAAACUAGAGGACUUGGAUGAGCUUCAGUGUCGUGAAUGCGGUGAGAAUUUCCAGGAGAGCAUUCAGUUUGAGAGUCACCGGAAGCAACACUCUUCCUUCAAAUGCAACUUCUGCUUAUCGGAUAAAUAUUCCCUCACAGACUUUGAGUAUCACCUACAGAAGCACGGAGGAUUCAAGAUCUUCACGUGUAUCAUUUGCCAGGUCACCUUCACUAUCCUGGCGGACUUAAAUAAUCACCUUCCCAUGCAUUUGGAUGAGGAGGGAAUCUCGGAAACCUGCGCGGAAGAGAAGACGGAAGCUGAUGAGAUUGCGGAGUCUCUCGGCGAGAGAGUAGAAGACAGUGUGACCUGUGAGGAGGAGACGAAGCCUGGAAAGCGGAAGCGCGGGCGUCCGAAGAGAGUCCGCGUGAUAAAUGAGGAGGGGGACAAGAAGUUUGAGUGUCCUCAGUGUUUCCACGCGUCCAAGAGUGCCUCGAAUCUGAAGAAGCACAUGAGGACACACACUGGACUGAAGCCCUAUGAGUGCGCUCUGUGUGGCAAAUGCUAUUCCGAGAAGUAUGACGUUCGGAUUCACCUGCAACUGAAGCACACGAAGCCACAGAAGCCGGAGAUUUGCCCGUAUUGUGGGAAGAAGUUUAACUUCUCCAUACGCCUGAGAUCGCACAUCAGAGCCAUUCAUCGGCCGCGCGAGCAGUUUCCCUGUUUCGUGUGCGGCAAGACGUAUUCUACGCGCGGCGGACUCUACUUCCACCUGAAGACUCACAACUCCGAACCGGAGGUGCACAAGUGCUCGGAGUGUGAUAAGACGUUCGACAAGCAGCACUACCUUCAGCGUCAUCAUCGUCACAUGCACGCGGCGCCAAGAUUCCAUUGCGACUGGGAAGCCUGCUCCUUUCGCUCCAACUCGCGCUCGGUCCUCGUGGAGCACCAGCGCACCCACACGGGAGAGAAGCCCUUCCAGUGUGGCGCCUGCAGCAAGGGAUUCGCCACGAAGGCCGCCUUGGCCAGCCACACGUCCCAGCGCCACAAUCCCGCCACGCUGCAAUGCGAGUUCUGCGAGAAGGUCUUUAAGAUCUCGGCCACGCGACGCUGCCACAUCCGCAGAGUUCACAUGGAGAGAAAGGUGGCGUGUCCGGUGUGCGACAAGAAAUAUGCUACAAAAGGCGAUCUCACCAGGCAUCUCAAAGACAGCCAUUCGGUCAAGAAGGAGAACCUCAGCGAGCGAAAAAUGAAUAAAUUCGAGGUGAAACGAGAGGCUACAAGUGGCAUUGAUUGCCAGGAAUGUGGGGAGAGUUUCGUAAUAUAUCCAGAACUCGAGAAGCACAGAGAAAUCGCUCACAAUUUGUUCAACUGCAAAUCCUGCGCAAAAGAAGAGACUUCCGUGGUGGCAUUUGAGUAUCAUCUGCAGAUGCAUGGCGGAAUGAAGCUGUACAAGUGCACAAUUUGCCAUGAGAACUUCUCAUUCCUCAUCGAACUGAACAGUCAUCUUCCUAUUCAUUUGGCAGAGGAAAAACCUUUUCCAGCUGGCGAACAAUUGAUAGACGCAGCAAUUAAUUUAGGGCAAAAGAUUAAGACGGAAUCACCAACACCAGCUGAGAGAGGGGAUUCCAGUGGUGAAGAGCCAGACAUGCCACAGGAGAAAACUGUUGUUCUCGAGUGGGUGAAGCCGCAGAAGAUUUUCAAGUGCUCUCAGUGUCCGCACACCAGCAAAACUCGCAGCAAUCUCAAGCUGCACGCCAGGACACACACCAAUGAGAGGCCUUUCGAGUGCGCCAUUUGUGGGAAGACGUACAGACACAAAGUCAGCGUGAAAUCUCACCUGCUAAUGAUUCACGACAAGAACAAGCAGCGAACGGAAGUGUGUAAAAUCUGCGGCAAGGGAUUCUACAUGAAGGAGAGACUGAAAGUGCACGUGCGUGAAAUGCACUCCUCCGAUAACACAAGAUAUCCUUGCCACCUGUGCGGAAAGACAUAUUCCUCAAAGUCGGGCGUUGCUUUGCAUAUACAGCGGCACGACGCGAAGAAUAAUGGAGUUCCUUGUCCCAAGUGUGGCAAAGUCUUCACCACGCGUCUUGGCAUGACUUUGCAUCUCAAGAGGCACAAUCCUGAGCGAAAGUACGUCUGUGACUGGGAGUCCUGCGACUACAGCACGCCUCUCACCACAUCUCUACGCGAUCAUCGGCGCACGCACACGGGCGAAAAGCCGUUUAAAUGUGACUUCUGCGACAAGACGUUCAGCGUGAGGGGUUGCGUGAAGAGGCACAUUGCGCACAUGCACAACCCCCACAUUGUUCCCUGCACGCAAUGCGAGAAGAGUUUUCCCACGCGAAAAGCUCUGCUCGAUCACGUGAGACGACUUCACGCGGAGAGAACGAUUCCCUGCUCAGUGUGCAACAAGAAGUACGGAAGCAAGGCGGACGUGAGCCGGCAUAUGAAGGAUAGUCACUCGAUCAAGAAGAAGAAAGUAGAGAAAAAUAUGGAGGAAUCCAAGGAAUCAGUAUUCAAUUCCGAAGCGAUAAGCAAUGUUUGCUGUCGAGAGUGCGGCGGAAAUUUUGGCGGAUGGGCGGAAUUGUUGACUCACAGGGAAAGCGCGCACGGCUUGUAUAGCUGCAAGUGCUGCGAUAAUGAGGAGAGUUCUCUGGUGGAAUUUGAGUACCAUCUUCAGACUCAUGGCGGAAUGAAGCUGUACAGGUGCAUAAUUUGCCAGGAGAACUUUUACUUCCUCUCAGAACUCAAUGAGCACCUCUUGAAACACAUGCCGAAGGAUGAAUCGCAGUCGGAUAGCGAAGAAAGUGUCCUGUCGGUGUUGACUUAUGACGAAGUCAAAGUGGAGGAAGUGGUGGUGAGUGAAGCGCAUACAAAAAUGGAAGCCUUCAAGGAAAUGGCUGAGCAAAGCGAUGUUCACGAGGAGGAUGUGAUUGCUAUUGGCCUGGACCGGCUGGACAGGUUGGACAGGAGCGAUGGUAAGAUACACAAAUGCACGCAAUGCACUUACAGUGCCAAGACCAGAAACAAUCUCAAGCAACAUCUGAAGAUGCACACAUCUGAGAAGCCCUUCGAGUGCUCAGAUUGCGGCAAUUCCUACAAGCAUAAGAAGGAUGUGAAGCUACACAUACAAAACAUACACAAGAAGGCGAAGAUAAAGACGGAGUUUUGUAAAAUGUGUGGCAAAGCAUUCUUCACGAAGAAAAUGCUGAUGCUCCACUGCAGGGAAAUGCAUAAUUCUCGCAACGCCCUGACAAGGCAUCCGUGCAGGAUCUGCCAGAAGACAUACAGCACGAAGUCGGCACUCUACAGACACAUGCAGAGCCACGAUGAGAACAACCAGCAUCCGUGUCCGAUCUGUGGAAAGAUCUUUCUCACGCCCGUCGCCAUCAAUCUGCACAUCGAGCGACACAAUACGGAGCGGAAGUUUGUAUGCGACUGGAAAUCAUGCUCCUACAGCACAUACAUGCGUGCGAAGCUGACAACCCACCGGCGAACUCACACGGGCGAAAGACCCUUCAAGUGUAAUUAUUGCGAUGCUUCAUUCCACGUGAAGAGUUGCCUCACGAGGCACAUUACUCAGAUUCACAUCGAAAAAGCCGUCAAAUGCCCGAAAUGCAAUAAGACAUUUUCCAGUUCGACCAACUUGCAGGUUCACAUCCAGCGUGUCCACUCAGAGCGGAAGAUAAAGUGCUCAUUGUGCGAAAAGAAGUUCGCCAGCAAUGAAGAUUUGGGCAGACACAUGAAAUUCUGCCACUCAGUAAAGAAAAGCAAGUGGCUUUACAACGACAAAUAACUGCCACGAGGAACACUAAGAAAAAAGAUCACCUAACAUACAAAUACAGACGUCCAAACUUUCAGAGAAUUCACAUGGAAAGUAUAGAAAAUAAAAGGGAAAUCAAAUUAAUCGCGUCAUGUGAGAAUGAAUGGAAGAGUUUGAAUGAAAACCACUGAUUUUCCCACAUCGUCAUCAAUC